AUGAUGAAGACUGAACCCCCAUCUGCAGCCAGCGGCAAUACUAGCACCACCCUUGUAGCAAGAAGUGCAUCGCCGCACAGGAAUGCCUAUGAGGCUGGAAUUCAAUCUCUCAAGCCGGUAAAAGAUUCCAGUGCUGCUAACGGGGAGGAUGGGAAACCUCGACCACAGGGCCGGGGCCGCAGGUACGGCUCCAAUGUGCAUCGCAUCAAGAACAUGUUUAUGCAGAUGGGUUCUCCCGGGGAUGAAGAGGAUCCGUCGAAGGCCAAAGCCCCAGACCAGUCGAUCCGACUAUCCCUUCCCAGAGCAAGCAGUCUAAAUGAGAAUGUGGAUCACAGUGCACUGCUCAAACUCGGCGGGACCGUGUCAGAGCGGGUUAGCCGCUUCGAUGGAAAGACUGAUGGUAGCGGAUCCCGUGGAUCAACCACAGGCAUCUCCAAGCUGCAGGAGACACGGAAGAUAUUUGAACAACGUCACAUGCAGGAGAAGCAGGCGGCGACUAAUCGAAUCCUGUUAAAGAAAGAGCGGGCGUCAGGGUUCCAAGACAGUCGUCUGGACGUGGUGGUUCGCUUCAAUGGCAGCACUGAGUCAUUGGACAGGCUGGAUGCAGGCGACUGUCCCGCAGAUGCAGUGUCCCCUACGGUCAGCCAGCUGAGCGCAGUAUUUGAAAGAGUAGACCAGCGCAACAACCUUCACCGACCAUCCUCAACCUCCCCGCUGCCUUCUACCCCGGCCAAGGUGGAAGAAAUCAACUCCACAGUCACCACCACCACCAGAAAGCCACGAGCCUUCUCUCCAACAGAAAAUCAAGAGGAGGGAGCUCAGCGCAUAGACCAAGAAGCUGCACCUGGGAGUCCGAAGAGUAGAACAAGCAUCCAACCUGGUGGACCCAAUAGCAAACCAUCCAAGGACGUGGCUUCUGACAGUGCUGGCACAGUUUUCGAUACGUCCAGGUCAGAGGAGAUCCAGAAAGCAUCAAGCAAUGAUUCCAUACCAGCACCGGAUGCAGGGAGCAGACUGGUACAGGCGGAUGUCCACGCCUCUCUGGAAAACGGGGAGGCCACCAAAAGCCAUGAGCCCUCAGAACAAAGAGAGGAAAUUGGACAGGUCUGUGCUGAGGAGGAAUCCCACAGAGAGGAUAUCUCAGAAGCAGAUCUGGUGGACAUCAGCGCAUACAGCGGGAUCGGAGAGGACUCUGGUGGAAGUCAGCUGGACGAAGAUGAGGAGGCUGAGGAAGAUGAAGCUUAUGAACCUGAAUCCAGCUCUUCAGAAAUCCCUGGGUUGCCUGUAGAAGAUGAACCACCCCCCAGCAGGAAGAUUUGUUUCAGUACAAGCCCCAUCAAGGUUUUCACCACAUACUCCAAUGAGGACUACGACAGACGCAAUGAUGAUGUUGAUCCCAUGGCGGCUUCGGCCGAGUACGAGUUGGAGAAGAGGGUGGAGAGACUUGACCUAUUCCCCGUCGAGCUGGAGAAGGAUAAAGACGGAUUGGGAAUCAGCAUCAUCGGGAUGGGUGCCGGUGCAGACAUGGGCCUAGAAAAACUGGGAAUCUUCGUCAAGACUGUGACGGAAGGAGGAGCCGCCCACCGAGACAAUAGGAUCCAGGUGAAUGACUUGAUCGUGGAGGUGGACGGAACCAGUCUGGUGGGCGUAACCCAGAAUUUCGCUGCAUCUGUCCUCAGGAACACCAGCGGCACUGUCAAGUUUGUGAUUGGCCGAGAGAAGCCGGGGGAACAGAGUGAGGUGGCCCAGCUGAUCCAGCAGACACUGGAACAAGAGAGAUGGCAGAGAGAAAUGAUGGAGCAACGCUACAACCCCUACAUGGAAGAGGAUGAAGAGACAGGUGAAUAUGCCACAGAUGAAGAGGAAGAGAUGAGCCCCAUGUUUCCUAAUGCCAUCGAGGUGUUUGACCUGGCAGAGAAUGAAGACAUGGUUUCUCCUGUGGAGAUGGACCCAGAGAAACUCACUCACAAGUUUAAGGAGCUCCAGAUCAAACAUGCUGUGACCCAGGCUGAGAUCCAGCAGCUCAAGAGGAAGCUGGCUCACGCUGAGCAGGAUAAGCUGCGCUGGAGGAUGGAAAGGGCUCAGUUGGAGCAGACGGUGAGAGAGAAUAAGGAGCGGAUGGAGAAGUUAGAGGGCUAUUGGAUGGAGGCUCAGAGCUUGUGCCAGGCAGUGGACGAGCACCUGAAAGAGACGCAGACGCAGUACCAGGCGCUGGAGCGCAAGUACAGCAAAGCCAAACGCCUCAUCAAAGAGUACCAGCAGAAAGAGAUUGAGUAUUUGAAGAAGGAGACUGCGCAGCGCAGAGCACAAGAGGAGUCAGAGGCCAGCCACAAGGUGGAGACAGAAAAUCUCCAAGAGAAGAUUACUGACUUGGAGUCAAAGGUUGGUGCUCUGAAGAGCUUGGAGCCUUCGUAAGCCUUCCACCGUGGAACUGACGGAGAGAACGACAGAAACGCCUUCAACUCCGCCCACUCUACCCUCCGACCACAUUUUUACUCCAUGACCUGAAGAACCUGAUGGACUACAGGAAACAUGCUGAGCGGAUGUUACCGGGGACAAAGAGGGGACAAAACAAACACUGUACCAGACGCCCGAGGGACGUCUAGCUAUCAGGAGGCCCUUUUUAUAGUCAUUUAUUCAUGUUCUCCUCGUUUCUUUUUAAGCGCCCUUAAAGGUAUUAUGAGCCUCUCUGCUCUCGGCAGGAAUGUACAACCUCUUCGUUAAUAAAUGUUCACUCACAUGCUUGCAGGAGAAGAACGAAGCGGUGGCCAGACGAAGACGGCACGGAUGCCCACACACAGCCUGUAUCGCAGUGACUGACAAGAGGACUGUUUGUAUAUAUUCUGGCAUAUAUUUAAAUAUUAAAAUCGCUUAAGCAAUGUGCUGGGGGGGGGGUGAUCGGGUAAGGGCUUUACUUUUCACAUCUAGGCAAAUAAUACAGUGAAAGUCCAUUUUUGCAUGGCAAAAGAGAUGGUCAAGUUGGAAAACAGGGUGUGAAAAGUGUAAUCUUGACAUUUAGAGUUAGCAUUCAGGAGCUUCUUAUGUUUUCUUUCUGUGUAAAAGAAAUGGUAAUGGAGGUGUAGAAUAAACAGGGGCUUAUGGGUAACUUUUAAACUCCAGCGCUUUUGGUUAGUCGGUGCAGUGUUUAUGCACACUGCACAGUGUGCCUCGGUCAACCCUGCAAUGCUAACGUGACGGCGUAAGAAUUCUGAAUCAAUCAGAAAUAUAGCCUUGCUUAAUUGCUACACAAAAUCUUUCACCAGCCCUCUCUGUUUUAAGCACUCUUAGUGUGUUUACUACAAUGUUUUGAUCUCCGGGGACCACGGUAAGUGCACUUGGUUUGCACUACAGAGAGUCCUGGAGAAUCCUAAAGUUUUACGUCUCUGUUGGCUUAUAUUGUCCUCUGUCCUGCUGGACGUGAUUUGAUUCAGUAUUAUCAUUCCAUAUACAUUGAUAUGGAAUCUCCUUUUAGUUGUUUUGUGGUGUUAUAAGCCACUUUAGUCUUAAAUGUGUUCUUUUAAAUUGUUCUCCUGGGAAAACUGGAAUUUUGACAGCAAUUGUGAGGCUUCAAUGGUCUCAAUUUUGUGUGUCGACACGAGCAUAAUUUGUGUAAACCCAUUCUUAUGUAAAUUCAUAAGGUUUGUCUAAUUGAGUGCUUCAGUUAAUGUUCACAUAGAACGCAUUUUGUGUUCUAGAGUGCUGCUUUUGGUUAUUUUUCUAUUGUAAGAAAAUAACGUCUCGGACUGUCUCGCUUCUCCGCUGACUCGCGCACGAGUGUCCCGUUUUUUUAGAAGCUGUGAAGCAUCUCGAGACCCUGCGUUGUUUUCUUUCUUAAUUAGGCUGGGUCCGAAAGCUUAGGCAGACGUAAUGACUUUGCAGGCACAAAGGUUUCUCACGAAACUGAUAUAGGACAGACACUGCAACAAAAUACAGCGUGCUUUGGUGAUAACUAAGCAAAUAUUGAGUUAAAUAAUAAAAAUGUUCUUGCUUGAAAUGACAUCAAAAGUGGGAAAAAGUUGGUCAGAAUCUUUGUUUACACAAAAUGAACAGCAACCUUUCAGACCCCAUAUUUAUUUUUACACAGGAUUGUGGGAUAUCCUAGGGCAAGGCAGUGAAGGAUACAUCUAUGCUGCCUUCAACAAUCAAUCAGUUAAAGGAUUCUUAGUAGACAAGAUAUGGGACGCGAUCAUUGGAUUAGGGCGUGCCUUGUUGACUUCCUACCUCCGUGUAUUUUUCAGCUUUCGGACGCAGCCUUGGGUACCUCCUCUCGCGUUUUAAACUGAACAACGUCUUCUGUGUGAACACCCCUUAAAAUCAUUAUUACCUAAGAUUACAGUUCAGUCGGAUAGCUGUGGCCUCUUCUAUUCACUGCUAGGCCUCUCACAUCAACCGUAGAAAUUAAACACAACCGAGUUGUGCUGAAUUCACAGAAUCGGGGACUACAUCUGUAAACUCAGCACGGUAUUGAAAACUCAAGAGUAUUGGGAGUUCUUUCUUUUCCCUCCGAAAGUAUUUAUGUGUUCAGCUUUUUAUGCGAUUGUUUAUUUUCAUAUAGUUUAAUACUUUUUUUUCAAUAUUACAAAGUCAUUGGUUAAAAAUGUUGAGCAAUGGGGUAACACUGAGAAUACAUAGGACGAAGAGUUUUGUCAAACGAUGCAACAAGCAACAGGCCUAUUCUAAGAAUCUUACAAUCAUUGAUAUUCCGCGGGUAAGUCUAACGUAUUUUGUGCGUCAAUCAUCCUAAACCGCAAUAAGACUUGAGUUUAUGUCUGACUUUCAUUGUCAUAGUCACCUAAAACUAUUUUUCAAGCAAGCGAGGUCAAGCACUGACAGGAAAUGAUAUUUCUGGCGCUGUUAAUUAUGGGACUAUUAUCUCAUUUUUACAGCUCUUAAUUCGUUGACUGUUUAACCCUGACUAGAAACCUCAGCGUUAUCUAGCAACCAAGUGCAGAUGUUAUUUGAGCAAUUACAUAACGAUUGACGCCGCUGUAAAUGUAUAUAGAUCUCAAAAAUAGAACAAUUUUGAGGGCUUCUCUUUGUUUUGUUUGUCAAGGAAACCAUGAUUUCCCAUCCGCCAGGAAAAAGCCCACUGGUUUGACAAGGACCUAAGACAUUCGAACAAAAUGGUCAUAUUUGCUGUGUAUAGUUACUGUGAGCCUCUGUUUGCUGGGAUUUAUUAUUGUAAUGUGCUGGCUAGUACACAUGUCCAUGUGUAUGGAUGUCCAGAUGGUGGCACAGUUGAAACAUGGAAACGUUCAUUUAUUUCCCCCGUGCAUUACACUGUAGAAACGAGCAAACUGAGUUAUGGAGGAAACGAACACUUUGAAUCGUAUUAACGCUUUUUAAAUUUCACACUUUAGCUUAGCUUAGCUUAGCUGCUGCCUUUAAUGAAAUGAAUUUGCUUCCAUGUACAGGAAAGAGCUCUGUGUUUAUCUCCUCACACUGCUGGUAUAAAAGUUGGUUCCUCUUUAUUUUUGGUGUCUACAGUGUAUUUUAAAUCAAAAUCUAAUAAUAAAAAUUGAGUACAGAAUGACAUGUUUAAAGAUGUAACGCUGUGGUGUCGUUAUGCAUCAACUUGUUUGGAACUAUGUUGGAGGGUGGGGGGGUGCAACAACUUGUAAUUUGAUUGUUAUUUCCAUAAUUAUGGCAUUAUCACUUUUGUCUGACACCUAACAUAAAGUAGGAACACCUUUGAUUUUAUAGUUGUUUUACGAACUUGACUCCAUUUUCCUCUGUAUUGUUUUAGUUCCUUUUUUACCCCUGCCAUGUAAAUUGCUACCACAUGUCAUGAACAAGAGGAAGAUGUUCUCCAUUUGAAAUAAUUAUCAUCAUGUUCAAUAAUUGCAUAAGUACUGUCAUAAUAAAUGCAGAAAUGUGCUGAGCAACAA